UGAGUCAAACGGCCACAGUUUGACUCAAAAAAGGGUAAGAGACUUAGAAGAUACUGUCAGAUAAUGUGACACCUCGUCUGUGUCUAAAUGGCUGCUGGUAACCGUGUCGGAGGCACGUCCACGUGCGAGGGCGCACGGUGAGCUUCAGGCCACAACAGCCUCGGCAGUGUUUUUCUUCCUGCAUUCCUCAAGGGCAGCAGGGGCGUGCUCAGGCGGGUCGUGCGUGGUGCUGCAUCUGCUGUCUGUGAGGAAGUGGCCGUGGCGGCCGCAGGAGGCCGGGCGAAGGCGUGGCCACGCAAACAGCAGGAAACCCUGUGCAGGUACACACCACGGGCAGCGAAGAGUCUGAUCAGAGCGCCGGUCUGCUCUGUCACGGCGGCUGUCUGCACUUGGACAAUGACCCGAGCCCUCCUGUGGUGGAUCCUCCUCCUGAACGCCUCGCUGCAGCCCUCAGAAAGCCAUGGCAGCCAUGAGUUGGAGGAGGGGACGGACUAUGAGGUGGUCCGACCUGUCAGACUCCACACGGUCAGAAAGAGACACGCAGAGUACCUCCGACCAGAGACGAUAAAGUAUGGAAUGACCGUGGGAGGAAAACACCUUGAGAUGCAACUAGAGAAAAAUGUUGAAUUACUCACCAAAGACUACACAGAGACUCACUACGAGGAAGAUGGGACUCAAGUCACCACAAGCCCAAAUGACAUUGAUCACUGCUACUAUCACGGGAGGAUUGUGGACGACAGCGAAUCGUCUGUUAGCAUCAGCACUUGUGACGGACUCAGGGGCUACUUCAGAACAUCUGCCCAGAGGUACUUGAUCGAGCCCCUGUCCGGGGGGGACGAGGGCGACCAUGCGGUGACGUCAUUCAACCACAAGAACUUCACCCCAGCGGUGUGCGGCGUCACCAACACCAGCUGGAGCGACGACUUUGAGCCCCCGACAGGCCGCAGCCGCUCCAGAUCAGCGGGUAUAUCUAUUGUCCAGCAACAGAAAUACAUUGAGCUCUUCCUUGUUGCUGACAACCGUGCCUAUGUGAAGAUGAAGCAAGAUCAGACAGCGCUGAGAAAGAGGAUGUUCGAAGUUGUCAACUUUGUCAACAUGGCCUAUAAGCCCAUGAGGACCUUCAUCGCUCUGGUCGGGCUAGAGAUCUGGUCCAAGGCCGACCAGAUCUCUGUGACCCCGCCGGCCGGGGCCAACUUGGACGCUUUCAUGAGGUGGAGGAACUCUGAGCUGGUCAAGAGGAAGAAGCAUGACAACGCACAUCUCAUCAGCGGCAUUGAUUUUGAAGGAGGAACAGUGGGACUGGCUUUCAUCGGGACCCUGUGCUCCGGUCACUCUGUCGGGGUCGUACAGGAUCACAACGACCGAGCCAUCGCAGUGGGAGCCACACUGGCCCAUGAGAUGGGCCACAACCUGGGCAUGAACCACGACGACUCCAGUGGCUGCUCUUGCUCCGGGGAUAGCUGCAUCAUGGCCGCAGCCCUCAGCUGGAACAUCCCUCGGACUUUCAGCAGCUGCAGCAGCAGUAACUAUGAAAACUACCUGACCAGCCGCACCCCCGGCUGUCUGCUGGACAAGCCCGACUACAGGACCGUGGAGGCGCCCGCCGUCUGCGGCAACGGCUUCCUGGAGGCCGGGGAGCAUUGUGACUGCGGCGGCGUGGAGGAGUGCAGCAACCCGUGUUGCAACGCCACCACCUGCACCCUAAAGGUCGGGGCGCAGUGUGCCGAGGGCGAGUGCUGUGACAACUGCAAGAUCUCGCCGCGCACCAGCGAGUGCCGCAGCAAGCGGGACGAGUGCGACCUGGCGGAGUACUGCGACGGGACGAGCGACACCUGCCCCGAGGACGUGUUCGCCGUGAACGGCCUCCCGUGCGACCGCGGCCUGGGGCACUGCUACAACGGCCAGUGUCCACAGAGGCCCGACCAGUGCGUGCGGCUCUACGGGCCGAGCGCUAUAGAGGGAGGGCAGUACUGCUACAACUAUAACAGAAGAGGAAACUACUACGCCUUCUGCAGACGUCCCUCUAAAGACCAGUACAUCCCCUGCCAGGCAGAGGAUGUGUUGUGCGGGAAUCUCUUCUGUCACCAUGGUAACGAUGACCCGAACUACGGCCGCAUGGUGAGGGUCGGCAAUUGCAAGGCAGCAUUUUUUGACAACUACGCCAAAGACUCGGGCCAGGUGGACGCCGGGACCAAAUGUGGGGAUGGAAAGGUGUGCAGCCAGUAUCAGUGCGUGGAUCUGGACACAGCCUACAGGAACACUAACUGUUCGGCCAACUGCCCCGGCCACGCCGUGUGCAACCACAGGAGCGAGUGUCAGUGCGAGCCCGGCUGGGCGCCUCCUCACUGCAGCUCAGAGGACGGAGCCUUCACGUCUCUCCCUACCGGAGCCGUCGUCGCCAUCGUGUUGACGGUGGUGCUGGUGGUGCUCGGCGUCAUCGCCGCCGUGACAGGGCUCAUGUGGAAGAAGCGGCAGAGUCCCAUGUUGCCAACAGCGCAAACCCAGAGGAAGCAGGCGGCGGCAAACGCGUACAUCCACGGCCUGGACAAGCCGGCUGCCAGUCAGGUGCCACAGACCGGAAGGCCGAAGCCCAGAGGAGCUCCACCUCCGCCGCCCCCGGCGGGGAACAGACCCAAGCCUCCGAGCCAGAACUACACCGCCGCACGGCAGGCUCUGAGGCCGGUGCCUCCACCCAGGGUCUGAUGCCUGGAAGCACGCGUCUCGACCUUUGACCCGGCCGUCCCCAACAAGAGGCUCCGUCCAGAGAAAGGCUGCGGCGAGGCGUCCCGUCGCGAACGUUCCCCCUCCCGGCGGGCGCGGGACUGAAGGAGGGACACGCCGGACCGAUACACUGUUACACGCAUGGCGUGCACUGCCAGGCCAGAUCGCAGGGAAUGAACACUUUGACUUUUAAGGCACUCUUGUUUUUUCAUACCACAGGGUUCAGGGUCAGUGCGGCUCCGGCCCUGAACGUCUCAUUUUGUACGUGAACAGUUUUCAGUUUGUUUUAUGAACUUAGAUGUGACGCUCUAAAGACCAAUAUCGUUCAACGUCAUGGAUGUACUAUAUUAUGAGAUUAUGAGAUUAAAUGUAUCGUAGCAUAUUAUGAAACUCGAAGGUUUUGUAAUACACUACACUCAGCGAGAGCUCAGGUUCUGUCUCGAUUGGAAAUACUGUACAAAUGAUUAAAUUGGUGAUUUUUAGUCCCAUAUUUAUUAGACGCAGUUGCUCUGUCACGUUGCAUUUCGAAAAAAACACUUUGUGUGAAGUCGUUGUACUUCAAAAUACUUUAAAGCGUAGUGUCUUUGUACAUCGUGUCCUCAGGUCCCGAUUCGGAGCUCAUAUUAAUGCUCCACUAAAACCAGCUAUGUUUAUAUUCUGUAAGUUACGACACGCGUCAGUGUCCAAAAUAUUCAGCGUGUAUUAUAUCCAGUUUAAUGAAUUGUCAUCGUGACUUAGGUGCUGUCGUGCCGGUUGUCACACUCAGCACGCGGCUCUCGACUGAACCAGAACCUGUGACAGUGUCGGUUAUUCAUAAUUAUUAUUAUUAUUGUUCUUGUCAUUAUUACCAUUAUAAUACCACUGAUCUGGUUUAUGUACUGACGCGUGAACAUGUACAUGAGAACUGUACGAGCUCAAUAUCCACCUUUCACAUUUAGAAUUUAAAUGAUUAUUAUAAUAUUUUUCUCCCGUCUGAGAUUCAAGGCAAAAAAGCAGCAGCUUAAAUAUUUGUAGCGUCACGAACCAAAGUCCUGUGAACAACGAGGAAACGACAAGCAGCGACGUUUCCCUCUGCAACAAAUGAUUAAAGAAAUAUCUGAAAAACAAA